AUGAGUAGUCUAUUGGUUCGUAACAUCACUACACUAUACACCUGCAAUGGUGUCGAUGGUGGGCUGGGAUGCAUUAAUAAUGCUACAGUUGCUUUUAAAGGGGAUAAAGUGGUAUAUAUUGGGAAUGAUAAUAAUGAGGAUUAUGACUAUGAUAUUGUACUAUCAGGUGAAGGUCUAGUAGCUAUACCUGGUAUGGUAGAUUGUCAUACUCAUACAGUAUGGGCUGGUAGUAGAGCUAAGGAGUUUUCUAAUAGAUUAAAUGGUGCUACUUAUAUAGAUAUAUUACAACAGGGUGGUGGUAUACUUAGUACUGUUCGAGAUACACGUAAUGCUACUCUACAGGAGCUGACUACAUUAUGUAAUAAAAGGCUUAUAACAAUGCUCAAUAAUGGUGUUACUACUUGUGAGAUUAAGUCGGGUUAUGGUUUAUGUGUUAAUACUGAAAGGGAUAUGCUUAUAGCAGCUAAACAGGCUACUGGAUUAGUAGUAGGUGAUGGUGGUGUUGGUGGACAACAAUGCUAUACACCUAGGGUUACUACUACCUUCUUAGGAGCACAUACUAUACCAUCAGAAUAUAAAGAUAGGAGAUAUGCAUAUAUUAGGCAGGUUGUUGAAGAUCAAUUACCAGUAUGUGCACCAUUAGCUGAUAGUAUUGAUAUAUUCUGUGAUAAAGGAGCAUUUACAUUACAGGAAGCAGAUACUAUAUUAAGGUGUGGUAAAGAUAAAUAUGGUUUAUCGGUAAAAGCUCACGCAGAACAGAUAGAGCAUACCGGUUGUAGUAAGCUAGUAGCAUCAUUAGGAGGUAUAUCAGCAGAUCAUCUUGAAAGGAUAGAUAAUGAAGGUUGUGAAGCUCUAAGUAAAGCUAAUGUUGUUGCUGUUAUGUUACCUGCAGCACAGCUAUAUUUAAAGGAUAUAACACCACCUAUAGAUCUAUUAAGGCACAAUAAUGUAACUAUGGCUAUUGGUAGUGACCUUAAUCCUGGUACUAGCCCAAUACAUGAUCUAUUAACAACAGCUACACUUGCAUGUAUAGUACAGGGUGUUACUAUACCAGAAGCAUUAUUGGGUAUAACUAGACAUGCUGGACAGGCAUUAGGUAUCUCUAAAGCUGGAUGGGCUGUUAUUAAGGAUGGUCGAAUUGUCUAUAAUAAUGGUAUAUAA